AUGCCACUUUCGGAGCUUCGAAAGAAAUGGUGGGGAAUGAGCUUCGAAAUAGCAGCUGAAGAGAUGAGAAGACUUUACAAAACACCGACAAAUGACGAGAAAUUGAGACUUUACGGCCUUUAUAAACAAGCGAUUCACGGGGAUAUCCCAUCUGUUGAAGAAUACGUCAAACCUGGCUCAGGCUUUGAGCGCGAGAAAUACGAGGCUUGGGAGAGGAUGAGAGGUCGAUCAUCCGUUUCUUGCAAAGAGGAGUACGUGGGUGUGGCCGAGGAAAUGAUCAAGAAAUACGAACGAAAUAUUGUUCGAUCCAAAUGGAAUGCUGAUGUUUGGAGUGUCGAUUAU